AUGGAUUUACAAGUUACUAGGGAAGAAAGAAUGCUUCAUUUGAAUGAACUUGAUGAGUUUCAUCAUGAUGCUUAUGAAAAUGCCUUUAUAUACAAAGCAAAGACCAAGAUGUGGCACGUCAAGCACAUAGCGAAGAAAAACUUUGAAGUGGGUCAAAAAGUACUACUGUACAAUUAUAGACUUAGGCUCUUUCCCGAAAAACUUAAGUCUAGAUGGUCUGGACCUUUCAUAGUUACACAAGUCUACCCAUAUGGAGCUGUUGAGAUCUCUCAUGAGGAAAAGGGUACAUUUGAGGUGAAUAGGCAGCGAUUGAAGCUGUACAUAGAUGGAGCACUGAGUUGUAAGUCAUUGCCCAUCAAACUCGACAUCCCGGAAUGA